CAGUCCAAUACUUCCUAACAAAACCAAUUUAUAAACAAACCAAGAGAGUUUCUUGAAAGAAAAAUAGAGAGCUCUUUGAACAUCUUUUCUUCUCUGCAACUGCAACUGUAACUGCAACUACAACUUCAAUUUCAACUUCAACUUCAAUUUCAUGGCGGCACUAGAUUCGGCUUCCUCCUCCGCUGUCUCCACAAUUGGAUCUUUCAGUUAUGAUGUGUUUCUGAACUUCAGGGGUGAAGAUACUCGCAAUUACUUCACUGCUUUCCUUUACAAAUCUCUGAAAGACAGAGGAAUUAAUGUCUUUAUUGACAAUGAAAAUUUGAGGACUGGAGAAGCCAUUGGCCCAACCCUCCUUGGAGCGAUUGAGGAGUCCAAAAUCUCGAUCCCUGUCUUCUCCAAAGGUUAUGCGGAUAGCAAAUGGUGCUUGUUAGAACUUGCUCAGAUAGUUCAAUGUCAAAGAACCAACGGUCAAUUGAUCCUGCCUAUAUUCUUCUACGUUGAGCCAUCGCAUGUCCGGAACCAGACUGGUAGUUUUGAAGAAGCAUUUCGGGAACAUGAGAAGAUUUUUGCGCCCCAUAUAAUAGAGAGUUGGGGGGAAGCUUUGAGAGUGGUAGGAAACUUGAAAGGAAUAGUUGUCGACGAAACUAAGGAUCAAGCAGAGUCAGUUGAAUUAGUUGUCAAAAAGGUUCUGAGUGAAUUGGUCAGUAGCACGCACUUGGCUGAGUGUAAGAACCGUAUUGAUAUGGAUUCUAGAGUAAAUGAUCUAUUAUCAUUAUUAAGUAUUGGCUCCAAUGAUGUUCAAUUCGUGGGAAUAUGUGGUUUUGGUGGCAUCGGGAAGACAACUAUUGCCAAGGCUGUCUACAAUUGCAUCCUUUCAACCUUUAAUAAGCAUAGUUUUCUUUCAGAUGUUAGAGAACAAGCAAUGCAGUACAUGGGUAUAGUGUCUUUACAAAAGCGACUUCUUAAAGAUAUUUUCAAAAUAGAUUUCGACAUAGGGGAUUUUCAUGGAAGAAAAAAAUUGAUAGAAGAAAGAGUUUGUAAAGAAAAGGUUUUUCUUGUUCUUGAUGAUGUUGACAGUAAAGAGCAGAUAUGUGCUUUGGCUGGUGGACUCAAUUGGUUUGGUCAAGGAAGUAGAGUCAUAAUUACAACUAGAGAUGAGCAUAUUUUGAAUAUGGCUAAAGUUAAUAAAGAUAAAAUAUACAGGCCUCUAUUGCUGGAUCAUGAGGAUUCUCUUCAAUUAUUUAGUUGGCAUGCCUUUCAAAGUGAACAACCUCCUGAAGAAUAUAUGCAACUCUCACGUGAUGUGGCAAUUCAUUCCGGAGGGUUGCCUUUAACUCUAGAGGUAUUCGGGUCUUACCUAUCGGACCUAAGUGACAAAGAUGAGUGGGAAUGUACAUUACAGACUUUGAAAGAAAUUCCUCUUGAACAAGUCCAAAGAAGGUUGAAGAUAAGCUAUGACAAUCUAGAAAAUGAUUAUCAAAAAUCUAUAUUUCUUGAUGCAGCUUGCUUUUUCAUUGGAUGGGAGAAAGAAACUAUAAUUUCCAUAUGGGAUGCUCUUGGAUAUAAUCCAAAGUCAGUAAUACACAUACUAAUUAAAAGGUCCCUUUUAAAAUUUGAAGAUGAUAUGUAUGCUGGCUGCUGCUUGAGGAUGCACGAUCAAAUUCGAGACAUGGGAAGAGAAAUUGUCUUGGAAGAAAGCCGCAUGGAGCCCUGUAAGCGUAGUAGGUUAUGGUCUCGUGGAGAUAUCUUGGAAGUAUUAGAAGCACAUAAGGCAACUGAUAUGAAUAUGAUCAAAGGCAUGAGUCUCCCAUUCAGCUGGCAUAUUAGUUUAACUAGUGAGCACUUUGAGAUGAUAUCCAAUCUUAGAUUUCUCUCCAUUGCACACGCAAACUUUGAGGGAGACUUUUCAUGCCUUCCUUCUACAUUAAGAUGGUUUGGGGGACAGUGUCGGGAAAUUCUACCAACCAAUUUUUAUCAUAAGAAAUUAGUUCAUCUCGACCUACCAGGGAGCGAAUUUGAACAAGUUUGGAAUAUCAGGACUGAAGAUAAAAAUAAGCGGUUCCAUAAUCUGAAAGUUCUCAAUCUUAGUUGUUGUGAGUAUCUAUCUAAGUCCCCAGAUUUUUCAUGGUUUCCUUACUUGGAGGAAUUAGAUCUUGGAAAAUGCUCUUUAUUGGAUGAGUUAGACGAGUCCAUUGGGCAGUUGAAUCGGCUCAAAAGUCUAAUUCUCAGAUUAUGUUUGUCACUGAGAAAGUUGCCCAAGUCUAUUGGUGAUCUAAAAUCUAUAGUCAAGCUUGAUUUGUUGAUGACAAAAAUAAAAGAACUCCCAGACAGCAUUUCUAGGGUGGGUUCUCUCAAAGAGCUUAUUCUUAAAUCAUGCAGUUCACUCAAAGAGUUGCCCGAUGGUGUUGGACUAUUAGAGAAGCUUGAGGUAUUAGAUAUGAGAGGUUGCAUUAAACUAGAAAAGCUACCGAGAUCAAUGGGGCGAAUGAAAUAUUUGGAUACUAUUGACCUGAAACAAAUGAGUAUUACUAAAUUUCCUAAUGAUUUUUCAAUGACCCAGAAUUUAAUGAAGCUGAAAAUCAAUCAGCUGAGGCUUGAAUCCCUCAAAGUGGAUAUGACACCCUUGAAAAGCCUGAAGCAAUUAAAGAUUUGUGAAUGCAAGAAUUUCGGAUACAUUCUAGCGCUUCCCUCAAGCUUGGUUGAACUUGAUUGUGCACAUUGUGAUUCAUUGUUGCGACUACCAGAUUUGUCACAGCUGAAAUUUUUGACAAUAUUAAACCAUAGUUAUUGCCCAAAACUGGUGGGGAUUCGAGGCAUUGAAGGAACAAAAUCGUUGAAAGAAUGGGAUGCGCGAGGAUGCAGUAACUUGACAUAUACUCCGAGCCUUAUAAAGGUUAUGAAGGGAACACUUCUACCCGGCAGGUUGUCAGGUCAAUAUGGUUACAGUUAUUCCUUGACUGCAAAUGAUGAGAUCUAUAAUAAUGGUUUUAUUCUUUGCAUAGUUCUGAAAUUCCUGCCUCUCCCUAAGCCCCAUCAGUAUUUGGGAGAUGAUCUACGAAGCAUCAGUGCAAAUAUUUCAGCUACUAUCCACAAAAAAGUUAAAAAAAUCAGUUGUUUUCAUACGCUGAUAAUUAAGGAUGUUGAGUAUACUACUGAUCGAGAUAUAAUCUGCAUUCUCCAUUUUAAAGGCUUUGAAUGGUUUGGGAUUCCGUUGCAAGAAAAAGAAGCCAUUGAGAUUUUAGAUAUACGAACAGACAUAGGCACAGUGAAAUUCUGUGAGAUAUUGUUCAAGAACAGGAUACCUGACCAGAAAAAGCCUAAUUCGAGUCACUUGAUGGUACCAGAUUUGCUUAAGUGGUCAUACGUCAACGAUGAUGGUGGAGAAAUAACAUUACAUUAUUGGCCCAACAAGCAACAAAAACAAGGUUUCUUGAGGCGUUUUAGAUUCAAUUCUGUUUCUGAUGUAAUGGGGGGAAAAGGGAGAGAUUUUGAGGAGCAGUAAGAGAGCUCUUCAGGACAAAGAUGAUGAGGCAGCAGGCAGGUCCUUCUCUUAGCCUGACUUUUGAACAGCAAGGUUAACCAGCCAGCAAAUGAUGAUGAUGAUGAUGAUGAUGGAGGAUUCCCCUUUGAUAGUGAAGAAGCUGAGGCAUAAUGAAACAAUAGGUUUUGUUAUAACAACCUCAUCAAUUGUUCCUGCAGAGGUGAAAACUGUUUGGGGAUGCCAACACUAAACUGAAGUCAGGGCUGGAAACCAAUCAUGCAUGCAGGGAUGCAUACAAGAGGGCAGGGGGUCUUUUCCAUGGAGGAAGGAGAGAGAGAGAGAGAGUGAAACAGUUUGGGCACGCUUUUAUCCCGAAAUAAAUUUAUAUGAAGAUAUUAUCCAUAUCAAAUGAUAGAAUUACUGUUUUUAUUUUUUGGUUCUUUUUUCCAUUACAGGGAAUUGCCUGCAGGCCAAGAUGCUGACACCCCUCUAAGAGGCUGGAGCUCUUAUGGCUCCUUUUCUUGGAUCAUCUCAGAAGAGGAGUUCCUAAAGAAUGCAAAAAUCAUCUCUUACAGUCUACUUGCACAUGGGUUUAAGGUGAAAUGCAAGGAGUUGAAGAGAGCCCACACUGUUGCUUUCCCUGUAAGAGAUCCCCAUUCUGAUGAUAGUAAAUCCAAUCAAGGCUCAUUAGUGGAGUAUGUGUGGCUAUGGAUUCUGAAAUGAGAAGCUUUGAGGCACUGUACUAUUUUGAAUCUAGUACAAUAAGCCCGGAGCGGGGGAUCAUUGGUUGUGAGAAUGCAAUUGCUUUGUGGCAAUGAAUAAUGUUUGGGAUUGUUUCUGAAACAAUUUCACUACAGGUUUUUGUGAUGAGGCCUCGUCUCUUGUACUGGUCCUUUUCUUAUGUAGCCUGAGUCCAACUUUCUCAACAACUAACAAUAGUUAUGGAGGUUUUAUUUUUCUGGCGAUA